CACAUUUUCUACCAAGCCUGUCUAUCUGUAUUUGAAUAGCUUUUGACGUGAUGUCAUUUCGGAGUAACAUGACAGCAAAUAGGACCCAGCAGAGCUCUCCGGCGAACCUCACCUGUUCCCAAACGCACUUUUACUUUUCCACCUGAAGUCUCCUGCAGAAUACCGACAUCUGUCAGACUUAAAGAUAACGGCAUGUUUUCGACACUGCUCUGCAGUUUGUUGCUCCUGCACGGCUCGCUCGGGGAGAUCGUGUUCCGCUGCCCGAGCUGCACCGCGGAGCGCCAGGCGGCGUGUCCCAAGCUCACCACCUCUUGCGAGAUUGUCAGGGAACCGGGUUGCGGUUGCUGUCCGGUUUGUGCCCGGCAGAAGGGCGAGCUGUGCGGAGUCUAUACGCCGAGAUGCGGCAGCGGUUUGAGGUGUUACCCAAGCGCCAAUUCAGAGUUACCGCUGGAGCAGCUGAUACAGGGACUCGGGCGAUGCGAGAACAAAGUGGACCUGGAGCCCACCAUGACCAACCAGGAGUCAUGGCACAGCGGAGAAGUAAAUAGCACACGGUUCCCUCCAGUGAAGAAGCCAGGCAAAGAAAACAACUACCAGCACAUUAAGGAAAUAGCUGUGAAGCAGCAUCACAACAACAAGAGGACCAGGAUGUACAGCUCCCUGGAUGAUCCCAAAAUACCUCACCCAAGACAGAGCCAGUGUCAACAGGAGCUGGAUAGAGUUUUGGAGAACAUCUCCCGAAUUACAUUCCAUGACAACAAGGGACCUUUGGAAAAUCUUUAUGACCUGAAGUUCCCCAACUGUGACAAGACAGGACAGUACAACCUUAAGCAGUGCAACAUGUCCAGCCAUGGACAGAGGGGCGAGUGUUGGUGCGUUAACCCCUACACUGGUGUCCAGAUACCCACAUCCCCCAAAGUGAGGGGGGACCCCAACUGCAGCCAGUACUACGGUGGUCCUGAGCUGGAACCGCCCACCAGGCAGCAGAAAUAGAUGCAACCUUGCACAUAAGGAAGAUGCCCCGGGUUGCAAACGAGGAGAGUUAAAUCGAGUGCCAGAGCGAUGUGCAUGUGUGUAAUUCUGUACGUGUAUGUGUAUGUAUAUUUUCUCAAUAGUAUGAUCUGUGUUGUCGAUAGGAAUGUGGAAAGUCACAUGCCAGCAAAGACAAGCAAGUCAAGGACAGGUAGUUAAACCUCCCCUUCUCAAAUCCAGAUAACUGUUCUCCAAAUUUAACUCCGAGUGAUUGUCUUUUUUCUGCCUAUUCAUAGGCUCGUCUGGUGCCUUUUAAUCUUGUGACUGAAUCUGGUUGCAGGGAGUCGCUUAUACAGCAUUUGCAGCUGUUCGGUGUGAAGAUGUGUCCCUUUAAAUCUCCCUUUGUCUAUGGAGACCCAAUAAAAAUGGUGUUUUUUUUGUUUUUGUUGCACCAUUGGUUGGCAGACACAAACAGCAACUACAAAUGCACAACAGCAGCAGCUUGACAUUGAUUUAACAGUGAAUCCAAAUUUUGAAACCAAAAAUAGUGAUAGAGAAAGCAGAAAGGUCUUUUUUGGCUGAUUUGAAAGGAUCUGUGCAGGGGCUGGAGAUGUGCUUUUUGGCUAUUUUGAAUACUUUUCCAAAUAAGUGUUGCAUUUUUAAGACCAUGCAUUCAAAACAUUUUCAGAAUGCGUCUCUUAACCAGUGCUUUUGUUUCCAUUCAGUUGCUUCAGACUGAGAGGUGCCAUGUACGUGAGUUGCUAUACGGUGUCACCGCAAAUAGCUGCCCCAUCUAACCAAUUGGAGUGCAAGGUACGAUAGUCCCGAAAUGUCAAACAAUUGCUAAAUUAAAAAUGAGGCCCCUUUUUGACACAUAUUACUGAUCUUCAUUACGCAUCAUUUAUUUUGAAAUGGAAGUGUGUUUUUACAAUCAAUAAUUGCAGUCGCUUGCAAAGAUCUCAAGAUCUGGAAAACCCUGUUCUUGGUGACUGAUAGACCUCUCUUCUCAUGCUGCUUCUCUACCGUGUGGUGUAUGUGUGUGUUUAUAGAGUGGGGAUCAGCAUUUACUAAUGAUGCGCUGACAGAGGGCUAGAUUAGAACACAAGGCUGACAUUGAAAAAUCUGAUAUAAAGUGGGUUAAGUGCCUAUAAAUAAACACAGGUUUGCCUGCAGUGCCAGCGGCUGUGCCUCACCUUGCUUCACUCUCAUCUGCAGUGGGAUGUGUUGGCGGUUGGCAAGGGUGAUUUUGCCCAGUGUAACACUUGAACGGGGUUAGUUGGAGAGUCCUGUUAAGGAAUGUAAAGUGGUGCAUGGGUUGAGUGAGCUUGUUUAACCAAUUAUUGUACCAUGUUUCCCCAGCUGAGUGCAAACAUGCAUUUUAUUUCUUGAACAGCCCAAUGCAGCAGACUUUAAUAAAUAAAUAAAUAAAAAGUUUCACGUAACAAACAGUACAAACAGUAAAGUGACAUACAGUGGGAUCCAAAAUCUGAACCUGGGAUUCAAAAUCCAAUUUAAACCUUGAAAUCAAAUUCUUUUUUCUGAACGUUUUUAUACCAAAAAAAAAAACAAAUCAGAUUUUGUAAUAUCUAGGUUACUAAUUAGUAAGUAAAUUUAUCGAGUUUGGGAUCGGUAAGAUUAUCCUAUUUUUGUGGAAACGGUAAUUCCUUUCAAGAGUCUUUGAUGAAUAGAACGUUUAAAAGAACAGAAUUUAGCCAUAAUAGAAAUCUUUUGUAAUAUUAUAAAUGACUUGACUGUCACUUCUGAUCAAUUUACUGCAUCCUUUGCAAAAUAAAAGUAUAAUUUUCUUUAAAAAAAAAAGUUACUGGCCCAAAAAAAGAAAAGAAGCAUUCUAGAAUCUAAAUAGAUGUGACCAGUGGGAUUUCAUGGGUUAACCUGCUCUGUCAGCAGGUGUGAUCUUUAAUGGCCUGUUCAAAUGGACACACAGACUGUUUUAUCGCUGAAAGCUCCCAGAUCAAUGCACUGUUGGAUUAUACUGGGCGUAGCUACCACCCUAAUUUCUGAUGUCAUUUGUGGCUUCUGUAGAUGGGCAUAGCUUCUGAAAAUCUGAUCAGAAUUUGAGACAAGAAUCCAGGUGCUGCUCAUAAAUUUCAACUUUUUAAAUUAAGAUUCCCUUAUUUUCACUGUAGCCAUCUGGAUGCCACUGCAUGUGGCCUUAGUGUCACAUCGCUGGAAAUUGGCAUCACUGUCUGCGAACACCAUUCAAGGCUUGUCAUCCAUUGAUUUAGUUAUAUUUUCAUUCACUACUCGUAUCUCUUACUCUUUUUAUCUCUUCCCCUUCUGUCUCUUGCUUUCCCAUCCUCUCCCUCUCUGUGAGUGUUGAAUUUAAAAGCUCAAUCCAGAAAUAGAAGUUGAUUAAGCUUUAACAUUGAUCCUAACAUGUUAGACCAUGUUCUGCCCAGCGAUUGCUUUUGUAGCUUAGCCUUUAUGAUAUAUUACCACAUUAACCUUCAGUAUUUUUCACAGUAUUACCACAUCUCGCUCACUCUUAGUAGUAGCUUACAUGUAUUUACUUUAUCUAGUUAGCAUUAUGCUAACUACCACAACGGACUGGCUCUCCAAAAUCACACAGCCUCGUGUGAUUUUGGUGCCUCACGGAUAGAUUUGCUGAGACAAGGGCUACGAGUUUUCCGUUUUGGUUUGUUUCCAAAAUAGAUUGCCCUCCGGUGGCACAGUAAAUUUUACGGUAGCUCGAGCUUGGCCUAGUUUGAAAACAGUGCGAAACCAAUCCCUGUGGUUUUCAGGCAUAUUGAUUUGCCAGAGCGGUGUGUGUGUGUGUGUUUGUAUGUACUUGUGUGAACGUUUCAAUGCUGUGCCAUGCCUGGAGCCAGUGUGACGGUGGGAAGGAUUGCUUGCCAUCUGGUGCAGUGUAAAACUGUCAGAGCCGGUCUCUGCUUUUGGAGAGUCUCACACAAAUGACAGUGGGAAUUUCUUAAGCAAAUCCAAACUCCUUGUGCCAUGCCAGCAUCUCACAUGCCUUUUUUUUCUUCUGUAAUUCAUUGCAUAUCCUGUGUGUCACGAGAUGCGGUGGUAUUAAGUAACAUACAUUACUCGAAGCAUGCUCCUUGUGUCCACUGUCAUGCGAAUGGUGUAUGAACUGAGUUUUCUGUACAACUGCAAUGGAAAAAGCCAUAAAUGCAUGCUAAAAUAGACAUUGGUUUUAACUUCUUGUAAUAAAAUCCAGCAUGAUUAAAUGAAA